AGCAACUACGCUUCCUGUUUAGCACGCAUCACAUGAUUGUCUCGUGCAGUGACGUCACUGACGGACACGCAAGGUACAACAGGCAGACAGUGCAGUGACUGAGAGAGAAGAGAUGUCUAGAAGCGUAAAAAAGCUCACUGGGCUCGUGGCAGCAACAUUCACCCCACUCACUGCAGAAGGGGAGAUCAAUCUCUCUGUAAUUGGACCAUACAUUGAUUACUUAAUAGAGAAGCAGAAUGUCAAGAGUGUGUUUAUUAACGGCACAACAGGUGAGGGCUGUUCUCUAACUGUGGACGAAAGGAAGCAGCUUGCUGCAGCUUGGUGCCAACAUGGAAAGGGCAAGCUUGAGCAAGUGAUUGUUCAUGUUGGCUGCAUGAGUAUAAAAGACUCUCAAGAACUGGCUCGGCAUGCCGCCAGUAUAGGGGCUGAUGGCAUAGCAGUAAUCUCUCCUUCCUUUUUCAAACCCAUUAAUGCAGAUGCAUUGAGGUUGUUUAUAAAAGAAGUGAGCGCCUUUGCUCCAGAUCUUCCGAUGUAUUAUUAUCAUAUUCCAAGCAUGACUGGUGUUGCAUUGGAUGCAGCUGAUGUGCUAAAUGGGAUAGAGCAGAUGAUCCCCUCAUUUCAGGGAGUGAAAUACACUGGGACUGACUUGAGGGAUCUCGGGCAGUGUGUCUGUUACAGUCAGUCCCAUAACUGGUCUGUCAUGUUUGGAGUAGAUGAGCAACUCUUGGGAGCUUUGGUACUAGGUGUUCAUGGAGCAGUAGGGAGCACAUAUAACUACCUCGGACGCAUAGUGAACCAGAUGCUUGCUGCUUUUGAUAAUGGCAACUACAUGCAGACCAGAGCACUGCAGUUUGAAUUUAUGGAGGUUAUCACAUUUGCUAAGAACCUUGGUUUUGAUGUGUCUGUGAAUAAGCAGGUGAUGAGUGAAGUGUCAGGGUUAGCAAUGGGUCCCCCUCGACUCCCACUGCUGCCAUGUCCUGUCUCAAAGGCCCAGGCUAUAGCACAGAAAAUCAAGGACUUCUCUCAGGGACAUUAAAAUGAAAGACAUUUCAUUGAACCUACCUGAAACUCCAAACAAAUCAUUUUUUACACUACAGUACUGUAUAUUGAUGUACUGUACCUUUUUUCAUACUUUACACUUGCUUUGCCUUUAUUUUUUUUAAUUGUCAACACAUUUAAAGUCAUUUAGCAUUAUGUUUUCUCUAAUUAAUAACAUUGAAAUGAAACUAGAAAUUUUGGUGAACCUACUUGAAUUACCCAACAGAGUUACAAAUAAUCCUCAGUGUUACUGAUUUAUUCACACCAUGAUAUACUGGAUCUUGUAUACCUAAAUGCUUUGAGUUUUGCACGUUUUGUUUGUUCUUGUCUUAUGUGUUAAAAAGCAUACACAUAUAAAGUAAUUUCUGUUCUGUUUUUAUUCUUUAGUACUGUAUUAAUUACCUUCUUUUAGCUGAUGUUGAUGUAAUUGUUAACUAUCCUGGCUGCUGAGGCAGUGGUUGCUGGACCAGCCAUGUCACCAUUGUGCCCUUGAGCAAGACACUUACAAAAGCAUUUCUAUGUGACAAAUGGCGUUACUCACAGCAAGUGCACCUGUAAGUAAUUUUGGAUGAAAAUCAUCAUCUCUAUGACAUGUAUCACAAAAUCCAUUUCUCUGGAAGUGAUAUUUUAGAUAUACUCUUCUUUUCAGAUUCUAUUCAAAUGUAAGUGCUGUUGUCCAUGGACACUAAAUUUUUGUGGAAAAUCACAUGCACCACACUGUUUUAAUCUCUGAGUUUCCCAUUUUUGCAGAAAACUGCUCAAAAAGGGACAUUUUUGUAUGUUGAAAUGGAAUUAAUAAAAAUGAUUAUUCAUUAUAGAAU